AUGUCAACCCUCAACCUCCCCAUCACCAUCCCUCCCAAGGCACUUCUUGCACCAGCAGUGGUAAUGAACGUCUCCCCUGCCAAGUCAAAGAACAACUGUCCCAAGGAAAACUGUAGAAUCCAUAUACCAAAGGCUGCUAAAAACGAGCUUGGAGAUCUCAUGAGUCGUCUCUCUCUUCACGAUAUCUCCAAUAACAAUAAUCGAUCUGCUGCUAUUCCUGUUAUGAAGAUUUCUCCCUCUUUGACAAAUCCAUUUUCGAGAAAGCCAAAAGUUCGGUUUCACUUUGUUCGUCAUGCUCAGGCAAUCCACAACAUCCACACCAUCCCCGACUGUACCUCCCUGCGCGACACCAAUCUCACACCCCACGGACAGGAGCAAUCACGCGCCCUCAUCACGUCCUUCCCCCACGCCUCAAAAAUCAAGUAUGUCUUGUGCUCCCCUCUCCGCCGCACCAUCAAUACAGCACUCAUCGGCUUUCCCUCCGUUUACGCCCGCGGCGUACAAUGCAUCCUCUACGAAGAACUCCGCGAAUUCGGCCAAGCUCAAUGCAAUACCGGCUCAACUUUACUCAAGCUCCGUGAGAACUUCAAAGAGAUUAAUACCGGUGUUGUGAACACGGACUUACUUUAUGGCGGCUGGGAGUGGCUCCAUGAAAACGGUAGCGCUGCCAAGCGAGAGAGAAUCGUCAAAGUGAAGAAGGCGUUGAAGGAGUUUGAGAGCGUCGUUGUUAAUGGUGGACCUUGGAAAGGUAUGGUGUUCAUGCCGCACUAUGGAGAGAAUGAUGUCGAGGUUUUGGUUGUUAGUCAUGGUGGUUUGCUGUGUCAGUUGAUGGGCUAUUCAAAGCAGAACUGGGCCAAUGCCGAAUGGCGCACUUUCAAGUUCCCAUCCCAAUCCAAGAUCGACGCGGGCCAUUUACCCCUGAACUUCAUCCAGACCAAAGCCAGUCUCGCUAAGGUUCACAUACCAAUCCCCGAGGUCGGACCCCGCUUCCACAUGAUAACUGACGAUUCCACCUACGAGCGUCUUGCCGAGAUCAGGGAGUUUACUAAGCACGUGGAGAUGAUGAGGAGGAAGGAGCGGGAGGGACAGGCAAGAGCGUUCGGACAUUUCAUGAAGAAUUUUGGUAGAGACGAGUCAUGA